AUGAAACAAGAGAUUUAUAAAACAGAUGAUAAUUUUAUGGAUGAAAUUAAGCAAAAACAUUCUCAACUGUAUCAAGUAUUUGUAUUAAAAAGUGACCCAUCCGGUUGUCUCAAUGAUAUCUAA